AUGAAUCAUCCAUAUCGGAGGCAGUGUGCAACUUUUAAUGGGAAAUCUGAAUAUGACACGCCUCCCGAGCCAUUAAACCGAGAAGAAGUGUUGCACAUGGUUGAAGAUAUUAAUUACAUAUGGAGCUCGAAAAAUGGGGGAAGUGUUGGUGAGAAUGAUGGUGACAGAGUUUGUUGGAAGAAGAAAUCAAAUUCUUUGGUCUCGAGUGUUGGAAAUAUCUUCAUGUGA